ACACCCUCACACUUGGCUGGAUCGACCAUCACAGCCUCUUGUCCUCCUCUGCCUUGCCUGCUCAUUCCUCGAGCUGCCCUGCACACUGCAAAUCCAUCCAUUUUGCAGCCAUCGUCGUCAGAUAGUCCUGUUUGUUUGCGAUUGCACCACUUGUGUGUGCGUGAGCCAAGUGCAGAAGAACGGCCAUGGGUGGCAAGCUGUUGCUGGGCGCGAACCAGAGCCACGCGGCGGCGGCGGCGUCGCCUGCUCCCCUGUCGAAGGUGGCCACGUCCGGUCUCCACGGCGAGGACUCCCCCUACUUCGCCGGGUGGAAAGCCUACGACGAGAACCCCUACGACGCCGCCACCAACCCGGGCGGCGUCAUACAGAUGGGCCUCGCCGAGAACCAGGUCUCCUUCGACCUCCUCGAGGGGUACCUCAGGGACCACCCGGAGGCGGCGAGCUGGGGCGGUGCCGCCGCCGGCUCCGGCGUUGCCAGCUUCAGGGACAACGCGCUGUUCCAGGACUACCACGGCCUCAAGGCUUUCAGAAUGGCGAUGGCCAGCUUCAUGGAGAAGAUUAGGGGCGGCAAGGCCAGGUUUGACCCCGACCGCAUCGUGCUCACCGCCGGCGCCACGGCGGCUAACGAGCUGCUCACGUUCAUCCUCGCCAACCCCGGAGACGCGCUGCUGAUCCCUACUCCUUACUACCCUGGUUUCGAUAGAGACCUGCGGUGGAGGACCGGGGUGAACAUCGUGCCGGUGCACUGCGACAGCGCCAACGGGUUCCAGGUGACGGUGGCCGCGCUCCAGGCGGCGUACGAGGAGGCGGAGGCCGCGGGGAUGCGCGUCCGCGCCGUCCUGCUCACCAACCCGUCCAACCCGCUCGGCACCACCGUGAAGCGGUCGGUCCUCGAGGACGUGCUCGACUUCGUGGUCCGCCACAACAUCCACCUCAUCUCCGACGAGAUCUACUCCGGCUCCGUCUUCGCGGCGCCGGACCUGGUCAGCGUGGCGGAGCUCGUCGAGUCCCGCGGCGGCGUCGCGGAGCGCGUCCACAUCGUGUACAGCCUGUCCAAGGACCUGGGCCUCCCGGGGUUCCGCGUCGGCGUGGUGUACUCGUACAACGACGCCGUCGUCACCACGGCGCGCCGCAUGUCCAGCUUCACGCUCGUGUCGUCGCAGACGCAGAAGACGCUCGCCGCCAUGCUCUCCGACGCGGAAUUCGCCGACGCCUACAUCCGCACGAACCGCCAGCGCCUCCGGGCGCGGCACGACCACAUCGUCGCCGGGCUGGCCCGCGCCGGCGUGCCGUGCCUGCGGGGCAAUGCCGGGCUGUUCGUGUGGAUGGACAUGAGGCGGCUGCUCGGCGAAGCGACCGUCGCCGGCGAGCUCAGGCUGUGGGACCGGAUGCUGCGGGAGGUCAAGCUCAACAUCUCGCCGGGCUCGUCGUGCCAUUGCUCGGAGCCCGGCUGGUUCAGGGUGUGCUUCGCUAACAUGAGCUUGGACACGCUGGAUGUUGCACUCGCGAGGAUGAGCCGCUUCAUGGACAGGUGGAACAAGGAAACAGCUGUGUCGACGCAGCAGCAACAGCAUUAGACGAAGUCACAAAGUAAAAUUUUGAGGGUAAAUCACAUUAUUGGACAAAUUAAAACACAGAGUAGUUAAUCGAGAGGAUUCUUUUUUAUUUUUCGAUUGAUGGUAACAUCGAUUUUGUAACAAUAACUAUUGCCUCGGAAAUGGAGAGACACUGCAUUUAAUAGCUGGC